GCACCAUUUUGUGAAGCCACUCAAGCCUGCGAGAGUUGUGGUGGGAAUAUUUGUAUUUUGUUGCUAGUGAGCUAGCAAAACUUGGUGUUUUGUUAACGACUGACCAAACAUAGCUUGCUAUUUUUUUUUCUAUAUAUUUUUUUUUACAAUAGCAAUUAGCUAAAUUAACGUUAAAAGUGGUCUCCUAACUUUUAAAACACGAAAGUUAGUUAUCAGUCUACGGAUGUCUGGAGAUAAUAUGUCGGGCGGCGGGAGCGUGGUUCGUGGCCCAGCGGGAAACAACGACUGUCGGAUCUACGUGGGUAACCUGCCGCCUGAUAUUCGCACUAAAGACGUGGAGGAUGUGUUUUAUAAGUACGGGGCGAUCCGAGAUAUCGAUCUGAAGAACCGGAGAGGAGGACCUCCGUUCGCUUUUGUGGAAUUCGAGGACCCCAGGGAUGCUGAUGAUGCGGUGCAUGGUCGUGAUGGUUAUGACUAUGAUGGUUACCGUCUCCGGGUGGAGUUCCCCCGUAGUGGGCGUGGGGGAGGGAGAGGGGGUGGUGGUGGCGGCGGCAGGGGUGGCGGCGAUGGAGGAGGAGCCCCAAGAGGUCGAUACGGACCUCCCUCACGGCGCUCAGAGUACAGAGUCAUCGUCUCAGGUCUCCUCCUGUCUUUACACUGUUGCUCCUCUACCUCCUCCCUCUCCAGGUCUCCUCCUGUCUUUACUGUCUCCUUACAGGGUAGCUGGCAGGACCUAAAGGACCACAUGCGUGAGGCAGGUGAUGUAUGUUACGCUGACGUGUUCCGGGACGGUACCGGCGUGGUGGAGUUCGUACGCAAGGAGGACAUGACCUACGCUGUCCGCAAGCUGGACAACACCAAGUUCCGCUCCCACGAGGGAGAGACUGCGUAUGUGCGUGUGAAGGUGGACGGACCUCGCAGCCCCAGUUACGGACGCUCCCGCUCUCGUAGCCGUAGCAACGGGCGUAGCAACGGGCGUAGCAACAGCCGCUCGCGCAGCUUCUCACCGCCGCGACGCAGCCGUCCCUCGCCACGCUACUCGCCACGACACUCCCGAUCACGCUCCCGCAGCUAGACACAAACCACAUACACACACCUCCAGCCCAGCGGCCCCCCGGGAGAGGAUACAUCAGACCAGGAGACGGACAGACGCCGCCCGGUGGACAUUCUAAUGAAUUACACCUAAUGUUCUCUUGCCUCGGCUACCUCUUGUUCCUUCAUCCCUGUUUCCUGGUCUAGUUUGCCUCAGCUGUGGUUUUGGCUUAUGACCUCUGUUCUCUUUGUAUCUGCUGACCCCUCAUCUCCCCCCUUCCAUCUGUGUAAAGGGCUUUAAUUUUCUGUUUCUGUUUUUUGACUGGGGGGGCAUAAAAUCAAAUAUGUGGGGGAGGGAUGGUAUUUUCUUUGGCCUGUUGUGGUGUCUGUGAUGUGUUGCUGUGCUGACCUCUGACCUGUCUGUCGUGUCUCUGUAGAGAUCACAGGAGCAAGCUGAUAGGCUGCUGGGAAACAGGAAACUGUUCAUAUUAGGAUUAACAGGAGGAGCAGGAGGAGUCAACCAGCCAAUGGUAUGACGGCAGUAGUCUCUCAUCCAAUCAGCUGUCAGACCUGAUGUUUUAGUGACCAGUGAUAUUAUUGAACUGGUUUUAACUUUACUCUUAACUCUCUCAUAUUAGAGUGCUUUGCCACAUCUCCUUCCCUCAAUCCCAUCCUCCCCUGGUUUUCUAUUCACAAUUUCUGGUCAGAGUAGCAUGCAUGGCAGUGUGUGUCUGUGGAGGUAGGGUGUCUGUGGAGGUAGGGUGUCUGUGGAGGUAGGGUGUCUGUGGAGGUAGGGUGUGUGUGGAGGUACGGUGUCUGUGGAGGUAGGUGGCAGUAUCAAUAGGAUAGUGUGUGUGUCUGGCAUUGUUAUUAGUGGUUGGUUAGUCUUGGUUCAGAGAACUUUAGUUAUAAUGUUGAGGUGAGUUUUCUGUAAAUGUCUUCUCUUAAACACAGCUUUCAGAGCCAGCAGGUUGUGAUGGCUGAUUGGCUGUAGCUAGACUUGGGCGGUAUACUGUAUUUUACUAUACACAGAUAUUGAUGCAGGGACCGGUUUGGGUUUUUACUUGACCUUCUAUAACGAUAUUUGAACGUUUGGUUUGUUAAAUGUGAUACGCUGUGUAUAACGUCUGUUUUUAUAGUCGACUUGGCUACUUGGGUCAUCUCUCGCCAUGCCACUUUCUAGCCCCGCCCCCCUGUCACUCAAGGAGCAUAAUUGUUGUUGCUUGACCAGGAGACGCUUGCAUUCAGUCUGCAUUGUCAAUGCUGACCACUACCAUGUUGGCUAACCAGGAGACGCGUUCAGUUUGCAUGGUCAAUGUAACGUGCAACAAUGUUGAUGACGACAAUGCUGUUUUCACUUGGCUUCUUAAUAUAAAUCCACUAGCGUUCUAUAAUUACACUAUUAGUUUGUUUCUUACAUCUGCAAAUUUGUAUUUUCAUAACAAAUUGGGCCUUAAUCUUGUUAGCCGCUAAUGCUAACUGCUAGCUCGCUAAUAAAUGUACCGAGUUAGAGCAAAUGUAACUAGCUAUACAGCCUGAUAAUACCAGUGAUGGUGUAGAACUAAAUUGGCAUGUUGGUACAACAGUAUUUUCGAAAUCAGAGGAACAUGUGAAUGUUAGUUACAUGAAGUAACUAAAGAGAACCUUCAAUGUAGCCAAAGAUUAGAGUCCCAUAGGAAACACUGACCAUCACUUUGGUUCCUACCCUGUCACAAUAACUCCUCCUGGCAUUUAUGUCAAACACAGUAUUCAAAGUGCCCACUAUUAUAUCCGAACUAUAAAAUUAACCCUGCCUAAUCAUUAUUUCCUUUUAUUUCAACAGUUCCCCCAAGUGUUUUGCUCUAAAUCGCAAGUCCAAUUGCAACAUUUGGUUAAAAAUAAGGCCUAGUUUUUUUUUUGCCCAUAUUGUGCAGCCAGUCUUACGCGGCAGUGUGGAAAUGAUCUCAAAUGAGUGCAGGAAACGCAGAAGUUUAUGAGAAUGUUUUUGGUUGAAUUGAACAGUAUAAAGGAGAAAGGCCCAUUUGAAAUCACAUGUAUUAGGUUGGUAACAAUAUUCAUAAAGAAAAUUAAGGACUUUUAUUAAAAACAUUAAAUACUGGCAUACCAUUUUUUUAUAUUGUUUUUACACCGUGAUAUAAUAUUUUGGCCAUAUCGCCAAGCCCUAACUAGCAGGUUGUGAUAGUGUGGCUGAUUGGCUGUAGCAGGCUGUGAGUGAUUCUAACCUGUUGCUCCUUCCUUCUCUCUGUUGGGUGCGGGAUCUGUCUCAAGGAGGGCUGUGAUUGGAGGAGGGCUCUGUCUCCCCGUCCUGGAGCCAAUCAGACCUUCAGGAUUCAGGAUCAGAGCAGGGAUUAGGAUUAAGGAUGGAGAGAGAACGCGGAGUGGGACAGGAGCAUAGGAUCGGGACCAGCCCCCAGGCCACAGCCCAGCCCACUGGAACCUAGAUACUAGACCUAAGUCACUCAAAUGGCUCUCAAACACCCAAAAUUAGUUUAUUUUUCCUCCGUGUGGACUCCACAGCGUCCUUCUAGGAUCCUGACCAGCGUUCUUUUAUUAUUUAAGUGGAGCUCAACGCAAAACCAGGAGUCUGGCUCAGGAUGGAGGGAGGCGCACAUAAGGAGAUUGGUAACUAGAAGGGAAUUAUAAUCUGGGGGGUUAAAUGUGUUUGUUCAUUAAAGGGAUGGAGGGUAAUGUGUUUCGUUUGUUUGGAGGGAGGGUGUGAUUUUUUUUUUAUUUUUAAGGUUUGCAUUGUUUCCUCAGUAGAUUUUAUGAUUCGUUUGUUUCCCUAGUUGGUAACUUUUCAUGUUUCAGCACCUCUUCAAUAAAGUGUCUUCUACAGUA